GGAGUCGUGGGCAGAGGCUCGCUGCAGUAGCUCGGGAGCCGUGGAGAAAGAGGUUGGAUUAGAGGAGCGGACAUGUCCACCCUGGGCUGGUGGCGCCGCCGGGCGCCGGGGGUUGUGUGGGUACACUAGACAGCGCGCGGGCUGUACCUUGGCCGAGCUGUCGAGCCCGGGGCAGUGAAGUACGGUGAGGUGAGUCUGGCCGCAUACCCAUGCCUCGGUGUUAGGCGGAGCACGCUGCAGCUCUGCCUUCUUGACCUUCUACCCUUUGUUGAGACAACUGGCAAGAAGAGGGACUAGAACUAAACGCUUAGGUGGCUGAGUCCAGGCAGACCUACAUGGGAAACGAAACCAUAAUGAGAAGGUUGCUUGAAAGAGGCAGGAGAAUGGCGCAGAUGAGGAGAGGAGACCGCACACCAUGCUGUCCCUGAGAAACGAAGAAAGUAACUACGUUGGUUCCUGACUCAGGUUCUCAGUUCCAGCCCCUUUAAUGAGGUCCCUGAGUACUGACUGUCACAGGCUGCUGCGUCUUUCCUGUUGACUCAUGUUUGGUUCCUCCACUGAAAAUUUUACUUAGAGAAAUGCUGCCUCCAAAGUACUUGUCCGCCAACAAACCCAAGAGGUCGUGGGCCCCAGAUCUGUAUGAGCUAGACAGUGACUUGACUAAGGAGCCGGAUGCCAUCAUAGGAGAAGGCGCGACUGACUCUGAAUUCUUUCAUCAGAGGUUUCGGAAUUUCCUCUACGUGGAAUUUGUUGGGCCUCGGAAGACCCUGAUCAAACUCCGAAACCUCUGCCUCGAUUGGUUGCAGCCGGAGACUCACACCAAGGAGGAGAUUGUCGAGCUCUUGGUCCUUGAGCAGUACCUGACCAUCCUCCCAGAAAGGAUCAAGCCUUGGGUGCGAGCAAAAAAGCCACAGAGCUGCGAAAAACUAGUUACACUGCUGGAAAGUUACAAGGAGAUGUAUGAGCCAGAAGACAACAACAGUGACGUCCACAGCGAAGACAGCAUGAGCCGAAAGGGAGCAGAGUCCCCACCGCCACGCCCUACCUAUUUCUGCAGGGACCGGGACCGGGAUUGGGACCACCACUGGGAUCGUGACCGGCACCGGGACUGGGACCGAGACCGGGAGCAGGAGUGGGAGUGGGACCGGGACCGCAGGGGCAGAAGCAGGGACCUGGAGUUUCGAGACCACUGGCCGUACACCCGGAGCCCCAGAAGCAGAUUCCCCCAACGGGAUCGCUCCCUUCCUGUGAUGGAGAAAACAUUUGCAAUGGAAAGAGGGCACAGACGUAGGGACUUCAUGAUGGAUUAUGAGUCGCGAUCCCAGGAUGCAGUGUCAUACCAGGACGUUGUGGACCUGACUGAGGACAGGGAGCCUCAGAACCCGAUUCAAGACAACAUGGAGAACUACAGGAAGCUACUCUCACUGGGGGUUCAACUUGCUGAAGACGAUGGCCACUCCCACAUGACACAAGGCCAUUCAUCAAGGUCAAAGAGAAGUGCCUACCCAAGUACCAGUCGAGGUCUGAAAACUAUGCCUGAAACCAAAAAGUCAACCCAUCGGCGGGGAAUUUGUGAAGAUGAAUCUUCCCACGGGGUGAUAAUGGAAAAAUUCAUCAAGGACGUUUCUCGCAACUCCAAAUCAGGGAGGGCAAGGGAAUCUAAUGAUCGGUCACCGAGGUUCCCCAGAAGGCCAGGCCGUGAUUGGAAAGAUGUUUCAUUCAACAAGAGGGAGUCAGUGAUUCAGGAGAGGGGCUAUGAAGGGAGUGCCUUCAGGGGAGGCUUUAAUUGUAACUCCAACCUUGUUUCCAAAAAGAGAGUUCUUGAAAGAAAAAGGCGCUAUCAAUUUGACACCGAUGGGAAGGGCUCAGUUCAUGAUCAGAAAGGCUGUCCAAAGAAGAGGCCCUUUGAAUGUAGUGAAAUGAGAAAAACAAUGAGCAUGAGUAGCCUUGGCACCCCCUCCUUCACUGCGUCGCAGCCACUUGAUUUUGGAGCAAUGCCUUAUGUGUGUGAUGAGUGUGGGAGGGCUUUCAGUGUGAUUUCAGAAUUUGUUGAACAUCAAAUCAUGCAUACUAGAGAGAAUCUGUAUGAGUACGGUGAAUCCUUUAUUCAUAGUGUGGCCGUCAGUGAAGUUCAGAAAAGGCAGGCUAGAGGGAAACGCUUUGAAUGUAAGGAGUGUGGAGAAACCUUCAAUAAGAGUGCCGCUCUUGCUGAACAUCGGAAAAUUCACGCUGGAGACUAUCUCACAGAAUGUAAUGAGGAGUAUGAGGAGCCCUUCAUGCCCAGCCCAACCUUCAGUGAGCUUCAGAAAAUAUAUGGAAAAGAUAAAUUCUAUGAAUGUAAGGUGUGCAAGGAAACCUUCCUUCAUAGUUCUGCCCUGAUUGACCACCAGAAAACCCACGGUAGAGACGGCAAAGAUAAUGAGCGUGGGGAAGCCUUUAAACCCAGCCCAACCCUUAAUGAGCUUCAGAAAAUAUAUGCUAAAGAGAAAAUGUACGAAUGUAAGGUAUGUGGGGAGACCUUCCAUCACAGCUCAUCUCUGAAAGAACAUCAGAAGAUCCAUACUAGAGCAAACCUAUUUGAAAAUAAGGGUAAAGUGUGUAAGGAAACCUUUAUUCCUGGUCAGUCCCUUAAAAGGCGACAGAAAAGUUACUCAAAAGAGAAGCGCUAUGACUUUAAAGAUGCGGGGGAUGCCUUUAGGCACAGCUCAGACCUCAGUGAGCAUCAGAAAAUGCAUUCUCGAAAGCACCUCUAUGAAAGGAGGGGGUACGAGAAGUCUGUCAUUCAUAGUGUGCCCUUCUCUGAAUCUCAGAAGAGCCAUACUAUAACAAGACCACCUGAAAACGAGGAUGAGAAGGCAUUCACCAUUAGCUCUAAUCCUGAUGACAACCAGAAAUUUCUCACUAAAGAAAAUGUCUAUGAGAGGAAACCAUAUGAAAGGUCUGUCAUUCAUAGCUUAGCCUCUGCUGAAGCUCAGAAAAGCCACGGUACAGUGGGGUUCAAUAAGCCAAAAGUGAUUGUAGAGUCAACCAUUCAGAGCUCAAAUGUUGCUGAACAUCAGAAAGUCCAUGCUGGAGAGAAUACCUCUGAAGGAAAGAGUUAUGAGAGGUCUGUUAUCCACAGUUUAGCCACUUUCAAACAUCCCAAAAGUCGAAAUGGAAAUGAACUCAUUGAAUGUAAUGAGAAGGGAGAGUCCUCCAUUUGUAUCUCAGAUCUUCAGGAUAAGCAACAGAAAAAUCCUGCCAGAGAGAACCCUUCUGAAGGGAGUAAGAAUAAAAACUACAAGGACUCUGUUAUACGCAGUGUACCCCAAACUGAACCCCAGAAAAGUCUUACUGGAGGGGGAGCCAACGAGUUUAAGAAGGAUGGCCACUCGUCAGUUUCCAACACAAAUAUCCGUGAACAUCAGAAGGCCCGUGCUAAGAAGAAAAACAUUGAGCACAGGAACCCCGAGACCUCUGUAAUUCACUCCCUACGUCUUGGUGAAUCUCAAACAUUUCAUCCUAGAGAGAAAGUCUAUGAAUGUCCGGAGUGUGGAGAGUCCUUCAUUCAUAGCUCCGACCUCACUGAACAUCAGAAGAUUCACGAUAGAAAGAAGCCCUCUGGAAGUAAAAACUACGAACGAUCAGUUAUUCGCAGCUUAGCCUCCACUGACCCUCAGACGAGUUUCGCUGAGAUGAGUUACGUUCAACAGCCAGUGCAGACAAGUUAUGCUCAACAGCCAGUGGGGAUGAGUUCCGCUCAACAGCCUACACAGACAAGUUAUAGCCAACAGCCAGUUCAAGCAAGUUACAGCCAACAGCCAGUGCAGGCAAGUAAUAGCCAACAACCAGUACAAGCAAGUUACAGCCAACAGCCAGUGCAGGCAAGUUACAGCCAACAGCCAGUGCAGGCAAGUUACAGCCAACAGUCAGUGCAGGCAAGUUACAGCCAACAGUCAGUGCAGGCGAGUUACAGCCAACAGCCAGUACAGGCGAAUUACAGCCAACAGCCAGCGCAGGCAAGUUACAGCCAACAGCCAGUACAGGCGAAUUACAGCCAACAGCCAGCGCAGGCAAGUAAUAGCCAACAGCCAGUACAAGCAAGUUACAGCCAACAGCCAGUGCAGGCGAGUUACAGCCAACAGCCAGUACAGGCGAGUUGCAGCCAACAGCCAAUGCACCAAGAAUGUAAGGAGUGUGGGCGGUUCUUUGCUACCGUUGAAGACCUUGGUGCACAUCAGAAAAUCUAUGCCCAAGAGGAGUUCCACGGAGGGAAGCUGUUUGGAGCCUCUGUUAUUCAGGGUGUAGGCCCUAAUGGGCCUCAGCAGGACGAGGAGGAUGAGCAGGACGAGUCGGAUGAGCAGGAUGAACAGGAAGACCCUGAGGACGCCAUCUAUGGAUGUAAGGACUGUGGGCUGGGCUUCGCAGAUCGUGCAGACCUCAAGGACCACCAGAAAGUUCAUGGCAGAGAGUAUGUCAUCAACACUCGUGAGUACACGCAGUCUGUAAUUCACACCCAUUCUGUCAGCGAGUAUCAGAGAGAUUACACUGGGGAGCAGCUCUAUGAGUGCCCGGCAUGUGGGGAAUCCUUUGUUCAUAGCUCCUUCCUUUUUGAGCAUCAGAAAAUCCAUGAGCAAGAUCAGUUUUAUGGCCAGAGAAGGUAUGAUGAGCCUUUCAUGCAACCCUUGGUCAUUAACCCACAGAGGCCUCAUGUCCCACAGAAGAAUGCUCCGUCAGGGCUGUUCCUUCAGUGCCACGUGUGUGGUCAGGAGUUCAUCCAUGGCUCUGUCCUUGAUCGGCACAUGAUAGUUCACAUUGGAGAGGAACCCCCAGCACAGGGCCAGGGCAGUGAUGACGCUGUCAGUCCAGGCUUAGCCCUCGCUGAGCUGCAGAGAAGUGAAGCUGAAGAGAAGCACUACGAGUGUGACACCUGUGGGGAGUCUUUCCUCAGCCAGUCAGACCUCAGGGAGCACAGGAGAGUUCACGAGAAGGAGGAGCCCUACGAUUAUGGGGCUUCCUUUGUUCACACCUCAUUUCUUACUGAGCCCCCCAGAAGAGAUUCACCGUUUUAUGAGUGCAAGGACUGUGGGAAGUCCUUUAUUCACAACACAGUUCUCACUAAACAUCAGAAGCUUCAUGUUGAAGAAGAAGAAGCAGCAGCCCAGGAAGCUGAAGCCAAUGUCCUUGUCCCAAGAGAGGUUCUGAGGAUCCAGGGGUCAAACAUGGAGGCCGCCGAGCCGGAGGUGGAGGCCGCCGAGCCCAAUGUGGAGGCCGCUGAGCCCAACGUGGAAGCCGCAGAGCCCAAUGGAGAGGCCGAAGGGCCAGAUGGGGAGGCUGCCGAGCCGAAUGGGGAGGCUGAACAGCCCAACGGGGAGGCCGAACAGCCCAACGGGGAUGCAGAUGAGCCAGAUGGUGCAGGCAUCGAAGACCCUGAAGAAAGAGCUGAGGAGCCAGAGGGCGACGCCGAUGAGCCAGACGGCGCAGGGAUUGAAGACCCAGAGGAAGAAGGUGAAGAUCAAGAGAUUCAGGUUGAAGAACCAUACUAUGACUGCCGGGAAUGCGCAGAAACCUUCACUUCCAACUCGGCCUAUGGCGAACACCUGAAAACCCAUGCCAGGGUGAUAAUCUUUGAGCCUGGAAAUGUCUAUGGGGAAAGCUCCCACUACACUGAACACGCCAGCACCAGCACUGGUGACAAUGAUAGGGCCGACGACAAGUACUUCAAGUGUGACGUCUGCGGGCAGCUGUUCAGUGAUCGCCUGUCCCUUGCUAGACACCAGAAUACCCAUACUGGCUGAGAACACAAGUGUCAAGAUUGGAAAACCCCUUUACUUAGAACUGGACCCUUACUAAACCACAGAGAAUUUGAACCAACCGAUAAUAAUGUCAGUAGUAAACUUACGUUGGUGUGGACACACCUGACUUAGCAUCAGACAACUCAGACUGGAAAGAAACUGCAGGUAGAGAUUCCUUCAGUCUUCAUUCUCCCCCAUCAAAAUUGGUGUGUGCAUGUGGGAAAGCCCUAGCACAUAGCUUACCUUUCAUCCAAGUAAUCAGAUUAGGGGACAUCCUAGGAGUCGCAGAGGCAACAGAAAUUGCCCCAGCCCACUGUAAAUGACACCUCUGUAACCUGUAUGUAAUGUUUCCUGAAUGUACAUAGAAUAGCAAAUCAGCAAAAUAGAAAUCACCAAUACUUGGACUUAAUAUGACACCCAGUUACAGUUUACCUUACAGUGCAGAGGUACCUUACCUGGCACGCUUUGAUUUUUCUUUUUUUUUCUUUUUUUUUGGAGGAGGAAUAGAGCAACAAAUUAGAAUAUAUUUGUAGGCAUUUUAGGUCCUGAGGAAGAUUUGUUCUGCAUUAUUUUAACCCCAUCUUUUUGAGUAAUUGACUGUGUAUUGUUCUUUACUCUUAAAUAUUCUUGUAAAGGUGUAGCAUGAAAGAGAAAAUGUCUUUUAUUCUUGGCUAUUUGAAAAGAGAAGUGCUUUGAGCUUCCUUUUCAACCAUUUCGUCUACACCAACAUUUUGUAACCUAAUGCUGUAUAAGCCUUUACAAUAUGUGGAUUGACCUUUUGUGACCCAAAUCGAUCAGUUGCCACAUUGUACUUUGCAGUGAUUCUCAUGCAAAAAUAUUACAAGUUUUGUUAUUUUUUUUAACAAAUUUAAUGUGCGUUUGAUAGUGAAUUCACAAAAGCUGAAGCUUUUCCCUGUAAAUCUUACUUUGCCUUUAGACUGGGUUGCAACCAUCACUAGAUCACGAUAGUGCCUAAUGAAGGUUGAGAACCAUAGGGAGAGGCUCUCGUGCUGUAAAUAAAGAUGCCAGCUAACGACUUUCUUCCCUUCCUUUGUGCGCUUCCUGCCUUAAGUGAAAAGUAGCAACGUGGCUUCGUUAGUAAUGUACUGCCACGUCAGUUUGCACCCUGGGUGCCCAGGAGCUAGUAUCCUUAGAGCUUUCUAUCGCUGAACUAAAUUUUCAUCUUUACCUGUGUGACCCUCAACCCCAUGUUUAAUUUGCAUUUUAAAAAUUAAACAAAAACAACAAAUACUUUCUUUACAGUCAACCCAAGCUUAACAUGGACUCAGGUUCCCCAGCAGCCUUAAUUUGUUUCAUUACCUCGUGUUUCUUCUUUCAGCCCUCCUAAGUAUUUCUGAGUUCUCCAUUAGAGUGUCGUGUUUGUCUGAUCUCAAUUUUCCACUUUAAUCACAAAUUGACCUCAUAGCUUGAGGUUUCCUGUGUCUUGUUCUAUGGACCACCUGUGCUCCUUUUCCUUCCCUUUCCCUCGCGUAAUGACUAUUAAGAUAUUUUUUGGCUUUGAGUUGGCUGGGAAAAAAAUUUUAAAAUU